CGGCUGUAUGAAAUGUGGAAAAAGAGUUUUGACAAGGAAGUAGCGUUGGCCUACUGUCUGUCAGUUUACUGUAAUAAACUAACAGAUUAACAGGUAUUUUGGUUACACAGUGUACAUGUUUUGACGACGAAGAAAAAGACGUUUAACCCCUAAAAUCACGACACUGUAAAAUGAGUGCAGUCUCACCCUCCAUGCAUGGGCUUGCCUGGGCAUGGUCAUCUCAGCGUGUGCCAGUUUGGUGAUGUGAUUGAGCGCCAGCUAUGGCGCUGGAGGAAGACAGGAGGUGUCACAUUUAUGUCGUGACACUUCCAGCCUCUGUUCUCUCCCUUCCCAUUCGAAGGGGAGACUGAAAGAAAAAAAAAGAAAGCAGAUGGAGAGGAAAGAGAGGUAUGAAGAAGUAUACACAAAGGAUGAGGGGAGACAAGCGGCCACAGGAGAAGAGCAGCAAAGAGGGGAGACCGGGAGGUUUUUGGGGCCAACUGGAGUGAUGACUGUGGAAAAAGGGCGGAAAAGGAACACCGCUCUUCACGGCCUUGGAGAGGCAGCAUCAGAUGUGGAUAGACCUGGUUUAAUUGCAAGACAACAUGCAAAUGGAGUGGAAGAACUGGAAACCAAGGCGAAACUGGAGAGGGAUGUAUUAGCAUCAAUACGAAGAGCUCUCAGAAGGCAAGCAGAGGUUUUGGAUGGAGAAACCUUCCAUUCCUUUCCUUCUCUCUCUGAUGGCCAUGAAGAUGCCUCUUCUACUUCUUCCUCCUCAAGCCCCUUGCCCUCUGCUCUCCUCUCCACUCUUUCCAUCUCUUCCUCCUCUCCUCAGCUCUCUCUCACGCCCCCUCUACCCCCCUCAGUGGAGCUGGAUACAUUGUUGGUGGAUGGCAGAUUGGUGUUGGAUGUGUAUCAGUGCGGGGGGACGGUGAUGCCUGCUCUGUGGGAUAGUGUACCAGAGAGAAUGAGGCGGCUGCAGUAUGUCCGGCUGGGCUCAGAGGACGAAGAGGCGCUGGAAGGCGCUUUCAGAGUUCUGCCCCGACUCACUCAGCUACGCUCAUUAGCCAUUCGAGGCCACCGUUUCUAUGAUGCCCAGAGUGACCCCCUCCCAGGUCUCCUGACCUCUCUUCCUGCUUCCAUCUCCUCUCUUUCCCUUCUUGUUCACCUGGAUCUCUCUUUCAACCGCCUUUCCUCUCUCCCUGCCUGCAUACUUUCUCUCUCACACCUUUCAGAGCUCCUUCUCUGCCACAAUCAGCUGGACACGCUGCCAGAGGAGCUGGGUGCUCUGGUGUCUCUGCAGCGGCUCAGUGUGCUGGGGAACAAACUGCAGGCUCUUCCCCCGGGAGUGGGGCUUCUGCUGGAGCUGCAGGAGCUGGACGUGUCCUUUAACCAGCUGGAGAGUCUGCCUGAGGAGCUUGGCCUGCUGCUGCAUCUACACACGCUGGAACUUUCCAAUAACAAGCUUCAAAGGCUACCAGAGACAUUGGGUUCUUUACACUCUCUGAGGGUGCUGGCAAUCCACAGUAAUGAGUUGAGGAACGUUCCAGAGUGUGUGAGAGCUCUCCCUCAGCUAACCAGACUGGAUGUACGGAACAACCCACUGGGCCGACCCCCAACCCCGCCGCCCCUCCCUCCUGCUCCAGCAGCUGAGGAUGAGACUCCUAUUCCAGAGCUGCACCUCGCUUUCAACCAGCACAGGUUUUCCAUAUCUCCCACUGGGUGUCACGUGUUCCUUCCUGGAGGAGCAGAGCUCUUGUUUCCACGCGGAUGUGUUGGAGGUGUUACACAGUUCAAGUGGGCAGAGAGAAAACCAGACAAGAAAUGGGUACAGCUAGAAGAACAUGAUUUCCUAUUGAAUCGCCCUUUGGAACUCCUCCCACAUGGCACUACAUUUAACAAGCCUGUAGAUGUGUGCGUUCCCUAUCACAAGACUCGAAAAGGUGAGGUGGUAGUCCGUAAGUAUGAUGGUCAGUCCUGGAGUACAUUACCUACCCUGACCAGAAGGGGGAGCCACAGGCACAGUAGCAGACCGCGGGGCCGACCUGCUCGGCUGGCCUGCUGCACUGUAAAGCAGUUCUCUUGGUUUGUGGCUGUUUCUCGACCUGUCAGAGACUCUUGCUCUGUAUCUCCAGCCGGGGCACUGCUAGUGUCUCGCUAUGACCCCGGGAUCAAACUCACUUUUCCGCCAGACUGUACAACCAACACACGUACUGUCACACUGCAGGUACUGCAGGUGGCAUUGUCUGAGGUGCAGGAUCUAACUGGAGACCCUCAGGCCAGCGCCAGCCCCCUCCUCUGCCUCUCCCAAACCCCCAGCUUGCACUUCCUCCAACCAGUCAGAGUACAGAUUCCCCUGCCGCCUGGACUCACAGGCCACACAGUGGACAUGUCUCGGCUGCACCUGCUGCAUGGUGACCCUGUUGCUCACACCUGGACUGAUGUCACUGCUCAGGUGUCUCUCUACAUCACACAACUCUACGCCAUCUUUUCUGUCACCCACUUCUCAUGGUACUGGCUGUGGUACACCACUCAGAGUUGCAUUAGUGGAGUGGUGAGGAAAGUGUAUCACAGGCUGAAGCAAUUCAGGGUUCAGUUUCUGGUGCUGCAGAGAAAAACAGACCUCACACAAGUGCUGCUGCAGUGCCUUCCCUCAGACAAGGUUGACAGUAGGUUAGCUUCUCUGUCAGAGCAGUAUGAUGGCCCGCAGCCAUCAGAUGUAUGUAACCUGCUGGAAGGCGAGCAAUUCUUUGCUGGGUUUGAGAGAGGCAUCGACAUCAGUGCAGACCGGCCGGACUGCAGCGAGGGCAGACUGGCCUUCACCUUCUACUCCCACCUUAAGAAUAUCAAAGAGGUCCAUGUUUGCCCCACAGACAAACAAGAGGAUACUGUCCGAGGACAGGUGUCCUUCUACAGAGGUAAGGUACCCAGUGAUCUGCCAGAGGAAGUUGCUCGGAAGAGGAAAGGCCUUGACAGUCAAUGGAUGGCCACGCUUCCCCUCAGACUUCCUGGUACCAACUGUGAGGGCAGUUUGUAUUCAGAGAAGCAAUACCCUCCACUGAACCUUGGUGAUCCAGAGAGUGGUUAUCUGACAGAGACCAACCUGCUGGCCAUUUCGUUACGCAUCAGCCAAGACUGGCGCUGCAUUGGCAUGAAUUUGGGAAUCAGCUACCAGGAGCUGGAUCGCAUCCAGUACAAACACAGAGACAACCUGGGAGCCCUGGUGCUGGAGAUGCUCUUCCAUUGGGCAAGAGGGCAGCAGAAGGCUGGAGCAGGGGCAGUCCCGCGGCUGAUUGACGCACUGGUGGAGAGCGGCAGGCGGGACCUGGCAGAGGAAGUGGAGGACAUAGUGAAUCUGGGGAAAAGGAAGUACAGAGAGUCGCUAAAGCGAGUAGGCCUAGAGACAGAGAACCCAACAACCUCUACUCAGUCUGAACCAAGCUGACACACACACACACACACACGGGAGAAGGUGGAGUAUCUCAGCCUCCACACUAUAUACACAAAAUCACACUAAUUGUGCUGGACACAUACUGUACAUAAAAAAUUAAAUAUCACAGCACAGAUGGACACCCAUGCACAAACACACGCAGUUCUCUGCAGGGUGUCCCUGCGGGCAGGUUUCUCGCUCUGUGUCUUGUUGCUAUGACUGAGCUGCUGUUGGGCUGAAUCAGCUCCUCACAGAUGCCUGCUGAACACACUCUUUCUGAACACAUUGUCUCUCGAAGUAAAUGAGCCUUAAACCAAACUGCAGUGUUGCGGAUGUAGCUUUACCAAACUGGAACAUGUAAACUUGUGUGAGCUUAAACGGGACUGUCUUAUGAACUCAAAUUGUAUUGUUCUUUUUUAUUUUAACCACGUGUGAACCAUGAGACUGUUGGGCCAAAAUUUUGUAACGCAGGCUAAACACCAGCUGUGGGGAUAUUUUAAAAGGACAUUUACUGAAUUUUUCUUAAUACACAAACACUCUGCUGGAGAAAAUAAAUGUACUGUGUGGA